CUUGAACGAACAGCGAGAGCGUUGAUUUGCUUUCCACAAACUUGACGCAUCGGAUGGAUCACCCUACUGCUUUGUUCGUCGACGCUGGCACACAGGCAUCUAAGUACUUCAAUGUUGGAAUGUUUGCUAUUUUAAUUUUUGAUUAUUUCAUUACCCUGGAAACAGAGUCACAGUGGGUCUGGCACCGCAGAUGGACUUUCGUGCGAUUUGUAUUCACUGUAUCACGAUACUUGCCAUUUUUCGCCAUUGGGAUGACAUUCACGGGUGCGCUUCGAACACAGUACUAUCCUGGUGAAAGUUGUGUUAGAUUUGGACAAGCGUCCAACGUGUUGCAUAUCAUCUGCAUUCUAGCCGCGGAAGGCUUGCUCAUAACGAGGAUUUACGCUUCCUGGAACAGUAAGCGUCUGCUGGCAUUCCUUCUUGUUUUUCCCGUCGUUUGUUUCGCGGGCUCUUAUAUCAUAUCUGACACUCCCCUGAUCUUCAAUUCCAAAAACACGACCUCUAUUAAUAUACCGAAUCCGGGCGACUGUCUUUUCGUGGGCGGCAGAAAUAACGUUUACGAGUACGCUGCUCUGUUACUGUACGAACUGGUCCUCUUUUGCUUGAUGAUGUACAUCAGAUUCAGCAAGUACGGCAAUGCCGUCGGACUACUCCAAAGAACGUUCUUCAACGACUCGGCGAGAUAUAUGAUCUGCAUCAUGAUCGUAUCAUCGUUUAACAUAAUCUUGACUAUGGCUCCUCCGGUCACAUGGGUUUCCAUCACAGACUCUCCGCAGAUCGUCAUCCACAGUGUUCUAGCCUCUCGGAUCCUUUUCAACCUACGAGCGAGUGAAGGACAAUCGCAUAUUCAUACACUGACGGAUGUAUCUGAGUUGCAGUUUGGAGACCAAUUUUCGACGGUGAUAUAUGGUGUUUAGUUAUGUGCAGUGCAGGCCUGGUCCUACUGUGUAUGUAUCCCAUGUCACAUACAUACCUACGAACUACGAUGUCUGCUUACCUACUCAAGAUCAUUGACCAUCACUAACGGCUUUUCAAAAGAGUGUCGGGAAACGUUGAGUCGCGCACCGCGGUCGCAAGUCUAGUUGCGACUGCACAAGAA